AUGGAAGACAGAGAAGAGGAGAAAGCUGGAUUAGAAGACCGAUUGAGCGACUUACGUGACAACAUAAUUCACGAAAUCCUUUCUUACCUCGACAUAAAACAAGUUAUCCAAACUUCUGUUCUGUCAAAAAGAUGGAAAAACUUGUGGGCUUCUGUUCCCGAUCUAAAUUUUAACAGCAAAGGUGACACUGAACUAACUUUUCCUAACUUCUUCCGAAGAGUUCUGUCCAAACGGGGAGCUUGCAACGUUCGGAGAGUUGAAUUCUUUUCCCGUUUGCCUCUUCGUGUUUCAUCAAUGGAGGGUUUAAUAAAUUACGCAGUGUCUCAUCAGGUUGAGGAUUUUCGGUUUGUUUCUGAUGAUAUCCAACUUAUUUCUUUACCAGCAUGCAAGUCCUUGAAAACCCUUUUCUUAUCUCGAUGUAAAUUUGGUGAUUUUCUGACAUCUUUAGGUUUCGAUUUUGCCAAUCUUACCUCGUUGGACCUCUACGUUUGUUGUUUUUGUUAUUCUGGGAAUGAUGUUGGUGACCCUUUUGGUAGUUGUCCGAAUUUGAGGAGUUUAUGUCUCCGUUAUUGUCGGUUUCCAUCUUUGAAAAGGUUGAAAAUAACUGGGUUUCAGUUGGUUAGCUUAGAAAUUCAGGGGUUUGGGUAUGGUGAUCGAGGGUUACAAGAAGGUUGCGAGGUUGAGAUUUUUGCACCGAAUCUGUUGUCUUUUGUGUACAAAUUCUCCAAUCCAGUGGAUUUCUGUGGGCUUCAUUUUCCAUCUCUUGAGUAUGUUGAGGUUCAUGUUUGGCUCCAUGGUACUGAAGAGGCUACUGAUCAUGACAAAAAAAGGGUCAGUCUAUACUUGAUGGAUAUGUUUGAAGGUUUUGGUAAUGCACAAUCUGUCAAACUCUAUUGUGAAACCAUUCAGGUUCUUAAUUUGAUUGAGGGUUUACUAGAACAACAGUCUUCUCCCUUUAAAAGAUUAAAGAAAGUGGAGGUACAGGCAAACCUUGAAUCAUUCACGUUACCUGCUCAUGUGACGAAGUACUUGCUUGCUGGCACAAUCGGAUGUGAUUAG